UGAUUUGUUUUGGAUUCUUGAACAAAUACCGGGCACAACAGUAAGCAGAGAUAUGACUUGGUUUUUAAGGAAAUAUAAUUAUUGGCCAUCAUAUAAUAUUCCAUUUUUAAAGAAAAUUUCUGAUUUGGGUGGAUUUACUGAAAAAGCUAAUAUUAAUAAUUGGUGGCGUUGGGGUUAUUCACCUAGAGCUAAAAUAUUUCAAAGAGAUCAUAAUAAAGUUAAAGAUAUGGAAACAUUAAGGGAAUUAAUGAGAUAUAAUGAUUACAAACACGAUGAAUAUUCAAAAUGUAAAUGUGACCCACCAUACACAGCAGAUGGAGGUAUUUCUACAAGAAGUGAUUUGAAUCCAUUAAAUGGAACUUGGGAAUUACCAGAUAUGGGGUUUAAAAAUGAAGGAACUAUCGACUAUAAAGGAACUAAUUAUAAACUUUUUAAUAAAUUUCAAUUUGAAGUAAUUGGAGGUCCAAUUCAUGGAGGUCCAAGUAAUUUACCUCCUUUCAAUUGGAAAAAUACAACAAUUGAUGCUUUACAUUAUGGCCAACCAACCAUUUGGAAAUUUAACAAUUUUACAAUUGAAUGGCAAACAGAACUUAAAUAA